AUGUUUUUUUCGGGCAGAAGGCUGCAAGCGAUGGGGAAGAUGGUGGCGGCUCGGGAGGGCGAGGACGACGGGAAGGUGCCGUGGGCCGUGGUGGUGGAGGGGUUGCUUACCACGGGCGCCUUCAGCACCAGUGACCCCGUGACACUUGCCUUCGCGCGAUUGGCUGAGCGGUUCCUGGCGCCGUGGGCGAGAAUAGAGGUGCGGCUGGGCCGGGUGACGGGGGGAAGGAGGGGGGGAAGGAGGGGGGGAAGGAAGGGGGAGGAGGGGCCAAGAGGGGGCAUCACGGACGGGCUGGGGAAGACAGGCCUCAUCAAGGCCGCAGCGCUCAAGGCCAUCGCCACCAACCCCAAGCUCAUGACCUGUGUGGCGCAGGUGCGAGUAGUGGAAGGGCGGGUGUACUUUCGCUAUGGCUCCUUCCUGGAAGACGAGAGGAAGCUUCUCAGAAUCAACCUGGCGGUGAAGAUGAUUCAUGAAGCCGUGGUCACGUUUGAGCUUCAGACCCUGCGGGCAGAGCUGUAUCUGAACGCGUGUGACGACCCGCACAGCUACGACAACUCACCUUUGCUCCUCACCCUGCGAGCGGAGCUCUAUCUGAACGCGUGUGACGACCCGCACAGCUACGACAACUCGCUCUCAUCGGGCCGCUCCGGCUUUGCAGUGCUGAGCUCCCAGUGGACCCCUGGGGUGACGGACAUUCUCUUCCCCGACCCCCUCGACCUCGCCUACCCGCCCUCCUACUCGCCCCAAAAGGCUGCUGGGUUUGGUGGGGGGGAGGAGCGGCAGGAGAGGCAGGGGCUGGAGCCACUACCCGUGUGGCAGCGGCACUGUGUGUGUGUCUUCCCGGACCCACUGGACCUCGCCUACCAGCCCUCCUACUCGCCCCCAAACGGCCAUGGGCUGCACGGGUUCGGAGGGGGGGAGGAGCGGCAGGAAAGGCAGGGGCUGGAGCCUCUGCCCAUAUGGCAGCGGGUGAGUGCGUGUGGGCGCCUUCAUUGA